AUGGCAUCGUACCUACCAGGUAAUGGAUCCGGCUAUGGCGUUGGUGGGAAUGGGGGCUACGGCUCAGACGGAGGAAGGGAACGAGGCGCACGGAGAAAGAGGUUGGCCGCGGUGGCGGGCAGGGUAUACAGUGCCGGAGCAUCGGCUAUGAGCGAGAUCAAGGAGUCAUAUAACCAAACCAGGUCAGGGCAGAUCGACACCCCCGAAUCAAUCAAAAUGACGAUACCCGGCUCCUUCCCUGAUGUCGCCAUUGUCACGCGGGGCAACGAACAGAUGGUGCUUUUCCCGUCAUACGCAAAGAGACAUGUCAAGAACUCGCAACGUCAGUAUGCGAAUCCCGGCGGCCCACCUCACCCGGCAAGUAUGGACAUGAACGAGCAAGAAUAUUGGAGUCAGGAGUGGGCGCGGCACGAGGAUGAGAAGGCCAUCGUCGAUGUUGAUGUGCGAGGCUGGAUUUACAAUCCACAUAAGGGGCCGAUGACGAGAAGGAAUAGAGUUCUGAUUGGAUUGGCGAGACAACUUAGCGGGAUCCCUGCGCCUCGAGCUCAGCAACAGGAUCCGGAACCAUCUCUGGGUGCGAUACAUCGGCAACACGAAGAGGAAAGAGAGCAUAUGAGAAUUACGAAGAAGGCGAAAGAAAUAGAGCGUAGGGGCCAGGCCGAGAAAGAAGCUGCCCAGGUCGGAGGAUACAGCGAAGCUCCCAAGCAAUUGGAUUCCGAAGAGGAGGGAGACGACCGUUUCCUGUAUCCCAGAAGCGGUAGCGUUACUUCCACUCUCGCUUCGGCGCCGGGCUCCCCAACCCCUAGCAUAGGUAGGACGAGCACGGUAUCAGGGGAGCUCAGCGACGCCGAGUUGGCGGUUGCGAACGCAAACCUCAUGGCUCGGCUAGGACCAUUUUUGACAACGCCUCUUGUGGAGAGGUCUGUCACUUUCUUUUUCUAUAACGACACUCAAUCCCAGUCGCGAACCAUCGAAACGAACGAUUCUGGCCAUUUUAUCAUGAGAGCAGCUCUAGAUUUCGUCCCAACGCAUGUGCGCGUUCUGGCCAACGAGGACCUCUCGGUGACGGAACCUGUGCAGAUCAUCGAGCCUAAGGGUGUAAGUCUGAUCAGCGACAUUGACGAUACAAUCAAGCAUUCCAAUAUCAGUCUCGGGGCAAAGGAAAUUUUUCGCAACACCUUCAUCCGCGAUCUUAGCGACCUGACAGUAGAUGGUGUGCAAGAAUGCCCUUGGCAACUGUUUCCCGUCAUUGCGAGCUAUUUCAAGCUCGCCGGGUUGCCCCCAGGAUCGAUACAUCUCAAGAAGUAUAGCGGUAUGCUUCAGGGUAUCUUCGAGCCUGUCGCAGAAAGGAAGAAGGGUACACUGGAGAAGAUCAUGAUGGAUUUCCCAGACAGGAAGUUUCUCUUAGUCGGAGAUAGCGGCGAAGCGGAUCUAGAAGUCUACACUGAAAUUGCCGUCUCUAAUCCAGGCCGCAUCAUCGCCAUCUUCAUACGCGACGUCACUACGCCAGAGCAAACUGGCUAUUUUGACUCGGCGUUUGACACUGGCAAUGGUCGGAAUAAGGGGAAGGCCCCGAGCGUUCGAAUUGAUCAGAGGUCCAGGGGCGGCUCCGGUGAUGAUGGGUCGAGCAGAUCGGCAAUGCCGGCUCGAAUGUUGACGGAACCUCCCGAAGCAGACAACACUGCGACGGGAGAUCUGAUCAACUUAUCUGAGGAGCCCGAGACGAUCAGCCCAGGUGAUCCUCGGGCUCUGUCGGCAUCGAACCAUAAUCAGCCAAUUCGAAAACCACCACCACCACGGCCAGCCAAGCCGAUAUCUUUGAAGAGCUCGCCAGCCAUCCCCACGGGCAAGUCUUUGGAAUCUGGAAAUACCACUGACCUCAAGAAACCACCACCUCCACCACAACCUCGCAAGCCCCUUGUAUCGAGUGGACAGGCAGCGAGAGCUUCUGCUUCUCACCCUCUUGCACAGACGCACACCUUGUCUCGGGAGUCCACGUUUGAUGUUAGUCAACAGAGCUUCGAUCAACCAAGAAACAACGACCAACGCAGCUCGAUAACUUCCUCGUCCUCGAACUCGUUUUCCUCAAAGACACAUGCGCCCCCACCUCCCCCACCUCGUCGCCGCGGCACACCUUCCAGUAGCAGGUCAUUAAGUCCGCGCCUGGCGGCGGCCAAGCAGCGGAGUACGGCCAACUCGGAGGUUGACUGGGAGCCCUUGCCACCUACUUCAUCCAAAUCGCAAAAUACGACCUGGAACUCCAAUACGGCAUCCGGCAGAAACAGCCCCAACCAAGCGCCGGUGAACAAGAAGUUGGACCUGUGGCGGCUCAGGCUGGAGAGGGCGCAGGACACGCUGGACAAGGAGGGCGUGGCGCUGUAUACGUGGAGGCGCGGCGACGAUGUUGUCGCGGAGGCGGUGGGAAUUGUGAAAAGUGCGAUGAGGGAUAUGGGAAUUAAGGGACAGGAGAAAAAAGACUGGAGGGAGAAGUUGACCAGAGAGAAAGUACAGUUAUAA